AUGCUGCACAAUGUGAAAGGUAUCGGUAAAGAUAAUGAAGAAUUUAUUGAAAAAGGUGGCGAGAAGAUAACAUGCAAAAUAAGUGAAGAUAGUAAUAUUGGAGCUUCAGCUCUUCCCAAAAUGAAUGUGAAACCGAGUGUGAUUGUUACUAAGUGGGAAACACUAAUGAACAGAUGUGGGUUAUCGAUUGAUAGGACUGCUUCAAAGCAAGAUCAGAAUGCUCAGAAGAGGAAGAGGAGUACAGUACUUGCUAUGUUUUUCGUCGCCGGCAGCACAUUUUGUGGACUUUUAUACUUUUGCUUGUACUAUGGAUGGAUGAAAAGAGAUGAAAACAGUGCAUAUACGGGUAUAUUAGCUCCCUAUUAUCGUAUUAAAGAAGCAUGUAGGUCGUGGAGGAAUUUUGUGGUAGAGCCAUCCAGAGACAAACUUCUUCCGGAUCCAUUAAAACCACCAUAUUGGCAGCCUAAGUAUACCGUGGUUAUUGAACUAAAGAAUGUUUUGGUGGCGCCAGAAUGGAGUUAUAAAAUGGGAAACCGCGUCAAAAAGCGUCCCGCUGUAGAUUACCUAUUGGACGUAAUUGGAUAUCCUAAUUUUGAAGUCGUGAUUUAUACAUCAGAAACUGCACUGAACGCAAGUCCAAUAGUUGAAACUUUAGAUAGCAAGCAGAAAAUCAUGUACAAGCUAUAUCGUGAUUGCUGCAAGUACACGAACGGCGUUUAUGUUAAGGAUCUUUCUAAGCUGAAUAGAGACUUGUCAAAGGUCAUCUACAUUGAUUUUGAUCCGGAAUCGUUUCGAUUUAACCCGGAAAAUGUGCUACGGUUGCCAAAAUGGAAUGGCACUCUCGAUGACACCGCACUUGUCGACCUUGCUGAACUGCUCAAAACAAUACAUUUAUCAGAUGUUGAUGAUGUAAGACCCACGCUUCAAUAUUAUAGUCAAUUCGAUGAUCCACUCAAAGAAUUCAGAGAAAGAGCGACGCGAGUUGCUGAACUGGAAAAGAAGAUGCAUCAGAUAGAGUCCGAAAAAGAGGCAUUUAUUGCGCCAGUGAAAAAAUAUCAAGGUCGAUUGUUCGGUUUUCGUCGACAUGAGUGA